UCUCAACCAGACAACAUCGUCUGCGUCGGUGUUUUUUAAAGUUUUUUUUUUUUGCAAAUUUAACGGUAAACGUUUAUAAAAAAGUGUGUGUGCAACGUACUAAGUAAAAAAAAUAUUUGUGUUGUUGUUUGUUGCUGUUUUCAUAGCAAGACGUGUGUGUGUACUACACAUAUAUUCGACAAGACGCGGCAGGUGGUUUUGAAUUACUUUUUUGUUGCAAGCAAAUUUGUACUGAAUAUAAUACACACUUUGCAGCUUUUGAGUAUGAAUCAACAUCAACUGAAUACACCAUAAUUUACCUAAAAGAUAUCGUUGGACCACCAAUUGAAAAACUUUUUACCUCACAAAGAAAGACAUUUUUGAGACCUAAAGAAUUUUAUAAAGCAUUAAUUAAAGACAAAAUUUUUGAAAUCACAUCCGAAAUGGACUCUGAUUAUGAUUUAAGCUUACUUCUAACUAAAUGGAAUUUACAACACUUAUUUGAUCAUUUUAAAAAGCACAUGAUAGAUAUCGAUGUUCUAAAAAUUUUGAAGACACAUCAUAUAACAAAAUUAUUCGAAGAUUUACCCAUUGGCCAACAGGCAAAAUUUGAAUUUAAUCUAGAAAAAUGGAACAAACAAUUUAACAGUUCAGAAAUUUUGCCUGUCUGCCAACAUAUAACAACCACAGAACAAAAAAUACCAACAGUGACGGAAAUUUUAAGUAAUACACGUAACGGAAAAGAUAUUCAAAAUUAUUAUAAUAAUAAUAAAACGUUGCACGAUGAGCAGCGUAAUUUACUAAUUAACACAAUAACAAAAUAUAUUGAAUCAAAAAACAUCACUUGCUCAUUAUCUGAUUGUAUGGAAAUCGAAAAACAGAUAUGUAAUAUUUUUCCUACAGAGAAAUUGGAAUUUUAUACCAAUGGAAAACGGGGCAAAAUAUACAACAAAUUAGCAAAUUAUAAGAGAUUUUCUAAAAAUGCUUUAAAAGUAGAUGAACCUGAGGUGACGCAAGGAUUGUCUGAAAGCGUAGAAGAUUACACUUUAAUAAUAGAAGUUUUAAGAUCUUCAAAAAUAAAACAAGAUGAAUUUGAUAUUUAUUGGCAGAAGUGUGCUCCGUUACGUUUCCAACAAAUUACAAAUUCUGAGAAUACGUGUGAAAUUUUUAAAUUAUGGCCAGAAUACACAAAACCUUCUGGACACCUUCUGAUUGAUAUCGAUUUCGUACUAAAAUAUCCAGUGGCGAAAAACUUUGAGGAACGUUGGCCAUAUUUUGCAGAAGAUUUGUUAUUUAUUUUGAAGACAAGAAUAUCCUGCUCAUUAAUUUCCAAAAAAUUACUGCAAACUGAACGUAUCGAUGAAGAUUCUAAAAUGUUUACAAUUUUGUGGUAUUGUCAUAAUUUAUUUCCUCCCCAACUCAAAAUAAGCACAGAUGAAAAUGGAGCAAAAUAUAAGAAAAAGUUUACCAUAGCUGAUUCGCAAGAAUCAUUUGCUGUUGUUGCCAGUACAAUGGAUGAAUUAGAGACAAAACUAAAAUUAUUAAAAUUACAAGGCCGAAAAAUUCAACCAAAGUUACUUGUGAUUGGGGAUACGUUGAAAGUAAAACAAAUUUUUGUAUAUUUUGAUAAUUUAAGGUAUCCUUUUGUUUCAACCCUUAAAGCAUUUGAUGUUCUAUUUAAAAUCUUUUUUGUUUUUAACCUGGAAUAUCCCAGUGAGUCCGAAAUUUUUUACCACUUUAUUCAAUCCCUUUUCUAUGAUUUGCCUACAAGCAAAAAAUUUAUUAAAUCAAAUAUAAUUAAACAUGAGAUACUUAAGAUGAAAAAUUAGUAUUUGUAUUUAUAUACUAUUUAUAAUUAAUUUUCUUUUAAAACAUUUACUUAAUAUUAGUAAUGUAUAUAAAAAAUAUAAAAAUAUUUAAUUUCUUCUUCUA